GUCCCCAGUCCCCACGCACGGCGCCCUGGGGAGCACCUAUUAGUCCGCUACAGACCGCGAUGCAGGGGGGAGAUGCAUGGAAGAGGACGAUUCGGAACUCAGCAGCGAAGCUAGCUUCCGCCGAUCUCCCAUGACCAGGAAAGCAGGAGACGGAAACCAAACAUGGUCAGCGCCAAGAGACUUGCUCAAAUGGCAAAGAAGUGGCAAAGAAUGGCGGCCAUGGCAAGGAGGCGGAUCGCAUCGGCGCCGACCAAAGGAACCACCGAGGGAUCAUCACCGUGCAGCACUUCGCCGGUGGCCGGCAAAGGCCACUGCGUGGUGUACUCGGCAGACGGCAGGCGAUUCGAGGUCCCGCUGGCGUACCUCGACACCGCCAUCUUUGGCGUGCUCCUCAGCAUGUCGCAGGAGGAGUUCGGGUUUGCCAGCGACGAUGGCAGGAUCAUGGUGCCGUGUGAUGCCGCCGUCAUGGAGUACGUGAUGUGUUUGCUUAGGAGAGAUGCAUCGGAAGAGGUGGUGAGGGCGUUCCUCAGCUCCAUGGUGAGGCCUUGCCACUGUGGAAAUGGCUUGGUGCAAUCCAUGGGAGUUAGCCAGCAAGCUGUGUUCUAGCUUCUGAGGAUUAGUUAGCACUUUGAUUGUUUUAUCAUUCUUGAAUGAUACAUGUAAAUAGUUACAAUGUGAGAGACCAGAAAUGGAACUUAGUAGGACAUCGACCAAGAAGGAUUCAUGACUAUGGUUUGAAGAAAUUGGGGCGGCAUGUAUGCACAGUCCAUUGAAAAAUGCACACAUAUACCAUAAAACGUUGUCACAUGCUAUGACAGAAAUAAAGCAGACCAUCUGCAGGAA